AUGUCUCGAAACAUCAUCUGCGACGUUGACUCCCCUAGCCCCGAUAUUUGGUAUGGAACACUUGUCGUCAGUAACAUUCGUUACGAUGAUGAUACCUCUGUGACUAUCCAGAAAUUAUUGGGUCUCAAGUUCAAGUCACCCAAGGCGACGGGUAAGAUUACUUGCGAUGUAUCCCUUACUUCCUACGAGGCGACAAAAUCACAGGUAUAUCCUAGUAAACCCAGCGAAGACGUGAACGAUGUCACGGCACAGGUUCAUUUUACCGAGCCGCACACAUUCGUACAUGACGACCACCUCACUUUCGGUAUUGUUGGUGACUUGACGACUGACCUUGACACCUUCAAAAACUCAUUCAAGCUUUACGCCGAAAGUUUACCAAGCGGAACUGUCAUAGUCAAGGUUGCGACAACCCCUGACCCGGCGCUAACGGAUGCUCAGCAAGUCGUGUACCUUGAGAGGGAUGGUACAGAAGAUACUAUACUUGCCUCAGCGCCGGGCACGACGGAGUCAUACACAGUAGAAGCUUACAAGUACGAUGUCAAGGCUGCUGACCUAGCCACCUCGGACGAAACCACAGUGGCCUCCGCUCUAGCUUCACCAAGCCAAGUAGAAGUCCAAGUAGGAGGGAACACAGACAUAGGCGUGACUUAUGGUGUGGUCCAGAAAUACUCUGCCCUUGAUGUCAGCAUCGGGGCUCUCUCGCAGCCAAUCACCACAGAACGGCUUCAUGUCAAAGUGGUUGACGACAACAACGCUACAUGGUUCGAUGACUUCUUGAGUCCGAAUGGCACGAAGAAAUUGCGACGGCUUCCCGUCUCGGGAAGCGUCGAUAUCAGCGCUCAAAUUACUCUCAAUGAUGUAAAGUAUAGCGCUGCUCAAAACGUACAACUUUCACAAAGCCUUAUUCGGGUCUCCAUCAACCAAAACGAUAUCAAGGCAGAGAAUGUCGACACCACUGGUUUCGUGGUUCUACCCGUCGAGAUACAAACAGAUGCCACAGGAUCUGACGUGUCUAUACCCAUACGCUUCGCUUCAACAAGCCAGGAUGUCAUCUAUAAGCAACAAAUCAGCAUUGCCUCAAACUCUGCCAAGUUUGACGUACCAGUCGCCCCCGGUGAUUACAUUGUCAAAGCUGACGGUUUCAUUAUAGAUUCGACUGUUUACGGCGUCCAAGCUCCUGCUACGCUCACCGUGAACAGCGAUGGAAGCACUGUUCUGCAGCUCACGACUCAGAAAGGGGCAAGCCUAGCCGUCAGGGGAUUCCCAGAUAUUCUCAGCUACGGCGGGCUUACCGAUUUGUAUGAUCUCUCCGGAAGCGAUUUCGUCGCAGCUGAUGCAUACGCAGCUUUCAAGUAUGCUGGGAAUGAUGGUGCUGGCGACUCAGACCGCUACUUAGAAGAUGACCCGGCUACUAGAAAGACGAUUCAGCUCGCGGAAGCUGCGGCGAGCGAGCUCAAACAUCCGGUACUACCAAUCAUGAUCUCGUACACGGUUAAUCUAUCCCAAGGCGAUGACUUCACGCAUCUCCAGAACAAGGAUGCUCUCAUGUACAGUUUCGGGAAUUUGAUAUUAUCCAUGAGUAUAGCCAAUAGUACGGCUACACAAUCCGUACCUGUUGGCUACAUUGUCAACCCGGACUUCCUCGGGGAGUGUCAGAAAGGACCUACCGGUGAGAUGAUCAAGCCUGAAUACGACAUGGUCGUAAGAGAACCGCUACAGGAUGCCCUAAAAUACCGAAAAGUCGACGCCGAAAUUCCCGACAGCGUCACCGAUACUCUGAAAGGAUAUGUCGUUGCUGUUAACUGGUUGAUACGAACUGUUGCCCCUAAGGCGACAUUCGGGUGGCAAACCAAUCUCUGGGGUGUUGGGAAGUCGGACUGGAUUUAUAAGAAGGAUGACCCGACCGGUCCAGCUGAGAUGGCCAAGGAAACUGCCGAUUACGUCAAGACUCUUGGAGUAUACAGCGGCGACUAUCGCCCCGACUUCUUAGCCAUCGACCGCUACGAAGCAGAUGACUUCACACAGAGAGCCUACGGACCCGGUUAUUGUUACGGCCCAUAUGAAUGGGAUCGGUUCUACGACUUCUGUGGCGCCCUGAGUCUAGAACUUCAAGUCCCCGUGGCGCCGUGGCAGAUCCCAGCAAGCCGCAUCCCGGCUCGUACUGAAAUUGUCAAUGACUUGGAGACAGACCACUGGGGCAGUGGCGGCACUUAUAUCUUCGGGGAUCCCGCCAUUGCCUCAGACUACCAUAACAUCAACCCGCAGAUUCUGGAGAUUACGCCAGCUGAGAUUACUACGCACCCGUCCGUAGAGGACAUCUUCGCUUCUGCCCCGCCGUUCGACCUGAGCUAUCCAAGCUAUGGGAGUUUCCCCCUGCGUGGUAUCUUCACCGUGCUUCUUGGAGGAGGCUCAACUACCGGUAUCGUCAAGUCCAUUGGCAAGACGGGAGAAUGGACACAGUCUAAGGUGCAUGAUUAUAUGGACAACCCGGUUCCUUUGUCUUACUAG